AUGAAUUCUUGCUUUUUUUAUGUGCACAGAAUUCCAAAUCGAGAGGACUUUGACGACCAAGCGUUUCUCUCUGCGGGGCUUACACUUCCACUCGACACUGUUUUGACUCGAUUUCGUAACCAGGGCGGCGCUAAACUGCGAUCUGCUGCUACAGCUGCUGCACUUCUCGCGUCCACACCUCGCCUCAAUCUCAAAAACUCCCUCAGCAUUGCACUUUCGCCUUCAGGCUUUGGUCUUGGACAAGAAGAUUCGUCCGGCCCAUCGGCAACUACUAUGUCCGCUAGCACUGGAUCUCGGAUUAUUGAUGGUGAUUUUUCGCCCAAUGGGUCAGAGUUACUUAUACCAGCUUCUUCGUCAGGUAUUGACAUUACAUCAGCUUGUGUUGACCAUCUGAUGUCGAUUUUGGCUGAGACAGAGGGCGAGAUCGACUUAUCCACUUGGGAAGUGGGUAUCCCGACGGUCUCACAACCCUAUAUUGAAGCGAUGGUAUCAAAUUUUCCAAUGCACUCCCAGCCAACUAUUGGGGGUCCUGCUAACGUUGCAGUAUCCUUGUCCCAGCAAUCGCAGCUUGGCUUUUCUUCUACUAGACAACAGAGUGGAAUGAUUCAAGCCGUUGCCGUGGCUGCCUCAUCUCCCCUGAGUGGAGCAGCUAGUGGCAAUCCGAACACCAGAUCUCGGCAAGUCUCACAUCGGUCCUCUGCUUCAAAAGUACUGGCUGGCCAUCAUCGCGAUGGCCCUGGUUCCGUCCAGUGGCUUGAUGUGGCUGAGAGAGCUAUUGCGCCAGUCCUUUCUGGGAACAAUUUUCGACGCAAUGACGGUGUUGAAAUCGCCACUGUUUCGGGGGGUUGUUUUGAACAAGCCGAUGUCUUGGCAACUGAUGGGUGUAGCGACUUCGGUCACAGUGAUUCAUCAAGUGCACAUAAAUCUUCACUUUCUGGCACGUUUUUAACUCCAAAUAAUAGAUUUACCACCCCAACUCCGCCACUAUUGCCUUCACCUUCUAUUCCUUUCACACUGGCACGCCAGUACUACUUUGCUAUUCAGACGGAUAGGCUAGUGAUGGGCCGGCGCUUCUCCGUGAGCCGAGUUGACCGGUAUGUUUGCUGUUUUUUGCAUUUUCAAAAUUAA